AUGACAAGAACUUUUUUUCUCGAAUUUGCUUCAAAUAAAAUAAAUGGCCUAUCGAAAACGGAAAAAGAAGAGGAAGAGGAAGAGGAAGCAUUUGAGCAAACUUUGAAACCUGCUAAUGAUAUUCUAAUAAACGAAAUCCCGGGUCAACCUACCAAAAAAAGCCAUUCAAGCAAUACUGUAUUGAAAUAUAUUAAAGAUGACGAUUAUAACGAACAAGAUAACCUUAAUUCAGCUAUCAA